UAUAUAUUUGCUCUGGUUCACUGCACUUGUCCACCAGGAUGGGGAGCCGAUGACUGCUCUGCACCCGUGAACCAGUGUGUGUUGAAUCCCUGUGACCCGGAGGGGACCCUGUUCUGUGAAGAGCUGCCGAAAGGCUUCAAAUGCGUCUGCCAACACGGGUACAUGGGGCGGCUGUGCCAAAUCCCCAGAAGUCACUGCGUCGAUGGGCUGUGUCAUCGCGGAUCAAAGUGUGUGGAUCUACCGAGAGGAUUCAAGUGCCAUUGUUUACCCGGUUUAACGGGACAAUUCUGUGACGUGAACAUAGAUGACUGUGAAGAGAAGCCGUGCGGUGUUCUGAGUAUUUGCAAAGACACCAUCAAUGGCUAUAAUUGUUUCUGUGCACCUGGAUUCAUCGGUAAUAACUGUGAGGUGGAGGUAAACGAGUGUCUGAGCCAGCCCUGCCACAACGGAGCUUCCUGCUCUGAUGAGCUCAACGCAUUCAGCUGCUUAUGCCCAAUCGGAGUCACAGGUGACUACUGUGAAAUCAACAUUGAUGAGUGUCUGUCAGGGCCAUGCAGACACAAUAGCACGUGUUUGGACCUGGCCAAUGGCUAUGAAUGUGUCUGUCUACCCGGCUUCACUGGCGCUGGGUGUGAGUUCGACAUUGAUGAGUGUGCCUCUUCUCCCUGCAAGAACGGAGCCACUUGCAUUGACCAGCCUGGCAAUUACCACUGUCAGUGUGUGGCUCCAUUCAAAGGUAGGAACUGUGAGUUCCUCCCCUGUGAGGCCAACAACCCCUGUGAGAACGGUGCUGAGUGUGUAGAGGAACCUGAUCAGGUCCAUUUCCCUCUGGGUUUCCGCUGUCGCUGUCGACGUGGCUUCACAGGCCCCCGCUGUGAGAUCAACAUGGACGAGUGCAGCUCCAACCCCUGCCUUCACGGCUUCUGCUACGAUGUGGUAGAUGGGUUCUACUGCCUGUGCAACCCUGGCUAUGCUGGUGUGAGAUGUGAGCAGGACAUAGAUGACUGUGCCAGCAACAUGUGCAGCAACAACUCAACCUGCAGAGACCUCCACUUGAGUUACGAGUGCCUCUGUGUCCCCGGAUGGGAGGGCGAGUUCUGCCAACAGGAAAUAGACGAGUGUUCAUCACAGCCAUGCUUAAACAACGCCACCUGUACUGACCUCCUCAACAGCUACCAGUGUCUAUGCCCGCAGGGCUGGGUAGGUGUGGACUGCUCUGAGGAUGUGGAUGAGUGUGACUCUGGGCCCUGUCUGAACGGAGCUCAGUGUCAGGAGUCACCCCUACCUGGGGAGUUCAGCUGUACCUGCCCCCCCUUCUUCAGUGGGCCCUUAUGCAACAUGCCCUUUGACCCCUGUGACCCUGCCCACGAUCCCUGCCUGCACAAUGCCACCUGCCUGACUCGUUCUGAUGGAACAGCAGCCUGCAGAUGCCGACCCGGAUUCCAGGGAACGAGCUGCGAAAUUGACACCGACGAGUGUAUCUCAGGCCCAUGCCAGAACCAGGGCCACUGUCUUGACCGGGUCAACAGCUACAGCUGUGACUGUGCGCCUGGGUUUUCUGGCCGACACUGUGAGGAAGACAUCAACGAGUGUGCCUCCAGACCCUGCCAAAAUGGAGGCAUUUGCCAAGACCAGGUUAACAGGUUCCACUGUAAUUGCCCAGCUGGAUAUUUUGGCACCAUGUGUGACCUGGAUAUUAAUGAGUGUGAAGUUUCACCUUGCCUUCACGAGGCCGUCUGUAUCAACAAACCUGGAGGCUUCAAGUGUGUCUGUCGCCCUGGAAACGCAGGGACGUGGUGUGAACUGAGCGUAGACGAGUGUGUGUCGAACCCGUGCCAAAACGGCGGGAGCUGCGUGGAUGGUCCCAAUCGAUACCAAUGCUUAUGUGCUGGAGGCUUCAUGGGUUUCCAUUGCGAAACCAACUUUGAUGAAUGCAUGUCGGGCCCCUGUCUUCACGGGAGGUGCAUUGAUGGAGUGGAUGUGUAUUACUGUCAGUGUGAAUUGGGAUGGACUGGUGCCAGAUGUGAAAUGAACAUUGAUGAGUGUUCUUCCAGUCCGUGUCUGAAUGGUGGCUCCUGUGUGGACUUGAUUGAUAAAUAUGCGUGUUUCUGCCUGGAUGGAUACACUGGAAAGAACUGUGACAUUGACAUAGACAUCUGUCUCGAAACCCCCACCAAUGUCACCCUGUGUUUAAAUGGAGGGACUUGUCUCGAUGGCCAAGGCUCCAAUUUCACCUGCAGUUGUCCAGCAGGUUUCAUAGGGGACUUCUGUGAGAUGGACGUAAAUGAAUGCUGUUCAGAUCCAUGUCUCCACGGGGCUAUCUGCCGAGACCUGCUUAACGGAUACCUCUGUCACUGCAGGGCAGGUUGGACAGGCCUUCACUGUGAGUUGGACAUUAAUGAGUGCCUUCCGCAGCCCUGCAACCAAGGGAUGUGCAUCCAGAACGAGCCUGGCUACGGCUACACCUGUUUCUGUCGUCCUGGAUUUGUGGGGAGGAACUGUGAGCACAAUUACGAUGACUGCCUGCUCCAGCCGUGUCCGGGAGGAUCCUCCUGUGUUGAUGGUAUCAACGAGGUCAGCUGUCAACCAGUCGAGGGAGACAUGUCCUCUGUGCCCUGGGAGCCUUCUAUUACACAAACCCCUCGGGGAUCCCUGCUCACCACGUCACCAAUGUCACCGUACAGUGAACAACCAACAGACUCCAGCUACGUCCAGUACUCUGGUAAUUCCUACUUGGAGUUUGAGGGCAUAGACCUUGGUGCCAACAACAACAUCACUGUGAGGUUUCAGACCCAGGAGGCCCAGGGGACCAUCCUGUACGUUGACCAAGGAGCAGUGACCAGGGGCUUCUUUUUCAUGAAACUCUUCAUCCAGGAGGGAAUGCUACAGUAUGUCUUCUCCUGUAGCCGAGAGGAAGGGAUCAGAAGGAUCAAUACAUCCAUCCGUGUUGAUGAUGGCAAUCCAUACAUCGUCUACGUCAGACAACAACUGGCGCCAUGCGAAGCGGAGGUGGUCGUGUCUGGGUAUGAGAGAGUCAGAAGCCAGCCCAGCAACUACUGGUCAGGACUCACCAUACAGAGAACGAGCCAUCUGUUUAUAGGGGGCUUGCCUCGUCGAUACCUGCCAUAUCAGGGAGCCCAACCCUUCUCCAACUACACCGGCUGUGUAGAAAUAAUUGAAAUUAAUAAGCUGCGGGGAUUCUACACAUCCAGUGCCGUUGCCGGCAGCAACGUAGACAACUGCAGGUCCCGAUGGGCCCCACCAGGUACCCCAGAUGCCUUCACUAGAAGUCCAUAUGAUUGGACCACCAUAUCCACCACUCUGAGAGGUCAAGGUUCAGCAGGAGUCAACACAUCUGUAUGGACCCAGCAACCACCAUCCCGACCACCACCAGUUCCUACCAGUCCCUGGCAACCGGCUCCCUCCAGUCCCUGGCAACCGGCUCCCUCCAGUCCCUGGCAACCGGCUCCCUCCAGUCCCUGGCAACCAAGACCAGUUUCUACCAGUCCCUGGCAACCAAGACCAGUUCCUACCCAUCCCAGGCAACCAAGUCCAGUUCCUACCCGUCCCAGGCAACCAAGUCCAGUUCCUACCCGUCCCAUGCAACCAAGUCCAGUUCCUACCCAUCCCAGGCAACCAAGACCAGUUCCUACCAGUCCCAGGCAACCAAGACCAGUUCCUACCCGUCCCAGGCAACCAAGUCCAGUUCCUACCCGUCCCAGGCAACCAAGUCCAGUUCCUACCCGUCCCUGGCAACCAAUACCAGUUCCUACCCGUCCCAGGCAACCAAGUCCAGUUCCUACCCGUCCCAGGCAACCAAGUCCAGUUCCUACCAGUCCCUGGCAACCAAGUCCAGUUCCUACCAGUCCCUGGCAACCAAGUCCAGUUCCUACCAGUCCCUGGCAACCAAGUCCAGUUCCUACCCGUCCCAGGCAACCAAGUCCAGUUCCUACCCGUCCCAGGCAACCAAGUCCAGUUCCUCCCGUCCCUGGCAACCAAGUCCCGUUCCUACCCGUCCCAGGCAACCAAGUCCAGUUCCUACCCGUCCCAGGCAACCAAGUCCAGUUCCUACCCGUCCCAGGCAACCAAGUCCAGUUCCUACCAGUCCUUGGCAACCAAGUCCAGUUCCUACCCGUCCCUGGCAACCAGCGCCUACCCGGCCACUACUGCCAAUUCCUACCCGGCCCUGGCAAACAGCCACUACCCAUUCCCCACCACCAGCCCCUACCCAGCCACCAAUAGCUCCCACGCAGCCACCACCACCAGUCUGCCAUGCUGCCCUCUGUCUUAACGGUGGGACCUGCCAUGAGCUGCAGAGGCCCAGUGGAGCUCUGUCCUUCUACUGCGACUGCCCCCUACACUUCACUGGACGCUUCUGUGAGA